AGCCGAGAUAAGCGUGACAUUCAGUCAAUAAACAAAAACGUGAACAGCAUGCACAAGAUAAAAAUUAUCACCUGUUCAAACCGUGUGAGAUAUUGAUUAAAUACGCAGUAUCAGCGCUGCAGUUCAUAUAACUGAUCCCUGCAGCCUCGGUGUUUUUCUAUCCACUCCGGAACAUCCCAUCCAAGACCAUGGCAAUCUUGGGAAAGUUGAUCUGGCUCCCGCUUUUAUUAACGGUAGUCAGUGCCGUUAUUUUACGGAAUCACAAUAAUGGACCAACUCCGAUUGUUAUGUGGCAUGGAAUGGGAGACACCUGUUGCGCGAAAGGCAUUGGCGGGAUAGCUAAACUCCUACAAGCUAAUAUCAGCGGCGUAUAUGUGCACUCCAUCGAAAUCGGCACAUCUGAAGAUCAGGACCGUGAAAACUCCUACUUUCAAGCGGUUAAUAAGCAAGUGGAUACAGUGUGCAAGAAUCUGUCGGCGACACCGGAACUGAAAAAUGGAUACCAUGCUAUCGGAUUCAGUCAAGGAGGACAAUUUCUGCGAGCUGUGGCUCAACGAUGUCCGGAUCCACCUAUGCUGAAUCUGGUAUCCAUGGGCGGACAGCACCAAGGGGUUUUCGGUAUGCCUCGUUGUCCGGGCAGUACCGCAAUCUGCAAUCUUAUGCGGAAGUUAUUAGACAUGGGAGCUUAUACCGAUUAUGUGCAACAAAGAUUAGUGCAAGCGCAGUACUGGCAUGACACUCUCAAAGAAGAUGUCUACCGGAAGAAGAGCUUGUUUUUAGCCGAUAUCAACAACGAAGUCACAAAAAAUCCUCAGUAUAAAGAAAACCUUCAGAAACUAAGGAAUUUCGUUAUGGUGAAAUUUUCCAAGGAUACCAUGGUGGUUCCAAAAGACAGUGAGUGGUUUGGAUAUUACUGUCCAGGACAAGUCAGCACAAUAUGCUCGCUGCAGAAUUCGACCAUAUAUCAGGAGGAUUGGUUGGGAUUAAAAGCCAUGGAUGCCGCGAAAAAGCUGCGAUUUAUUGAAACAGAUGGCGACCAUUUGCAAUUUACAACCCAAUGGUUUCUAGACAAUAUUGUAGCACCAUUCCUAACGUAAAAACUUGGGUGUUUCUAAUAAUUUGCAAUGAUGAAUCGUUCAUGUUGCUGUGACCAUGUCAACAAAAUGGUCAAGUAUGUAAUUUAAUAAGAUAUUUGCGUUAAUAAAUGUGUUGCAAACUGUAAA